AUGACUUACCGACUAGAACUAUUACAACAGCUGCCAGCCGUAUCGGAGCGACCCAGAUGCUGUACGAUCGAAUUUUUCGCACCAGCAUCGUGGGACAAUGACUGCGCCCUUACUUACGCCAACCGACCUAAAUUCGCUUGUCGUCCUGAGCUGAUCAGAUGCAGAUCCAUUGUGCGGCUGUGGUUGCUGCGACAUUAUUGUUCACAGAUGAAGCAUGAGACUCGGCAAGAGGCUUCUACUCGACCGUUACUGUGUCCAUCGCCUUUCGGGAGGGACCGUCGGGAGCAGCAUGACAGUCGACAAAAGGAGACCUGGGACGGGCUCAUUCGUCUCAUCGUUGACAUGCGCUUGUCUCGCGUGCUGAUCACGCCGCGUCUCGGCUAUGAGGCAGUUGAAGAGCAGAGCCGAUCGAUGCAUCGGGUUUUGUUCUGCAAAGACACCACGGGCCCAGGAGCUUCAUGGGCCUGCCUUGGCGACGUUGAGAUGUGA